UGUGUCAAAUUUUAUGUACAUGAUUUGAUAUAAAUAUUCAAUAAUGUUAUUAUAUAUUUUUAAUUCACAUAUUAUCUUGCUGUAGGUUAAAGAAAUGCAGCGCGCCGAGUUGGAGGAGAUGAAACAACACCAAAUGAAUCUCGUGGCGCUGCAGGCCAUAGGACCGCGAAAAAAGCCUUGUCUAGAAGGUCUCGGUGCUGCUGGUGCCACUGUCUCCAAUGGUGGCGGCCACUCGGACGGUGAUUUUACUGGUCGCAGUCACCUGGCGUUCAGGACGCGACCAAAGCAAAUCAACCAUCGCGAUAUGAUGUUCCUUAUGGAGCAAAAGCGGGAGACCGCUUACUCGCAGAUUCUGUACCGCAACUACCUCAAAUGACUUUUCGUAUCGCCAACAACCAGAGGGGAGAGCUUAACACCACUGUUACCUACCUAUAAUAUUUUAUCAACUGUAUUGACAAUUCUAUACACAUAUAUAGUUGUAUGUAAGGGUUUGUGUAUACUAACGUUUUCCCGCCUGUAUAUAUUAAUUAUAAAAUGAUUUAUAAUUAAAAUUUUGUAAUUAGGUAGAAAAUUUUAAAUGCUCUAAAAAUGAUUUGUACAUACUACUCUCGUGAGAUAAGUAGCUAGCCUUGAACAUGAGCUUUUAUUAGUUUUCUAAUAUAAAAUUACCAAUAUUCAUUAUGAUCCCGAGGACUGUUGAACUUACUAUGUCUGACGUAGAUGUUCAAGGAGGCAAUCUUAUUUCACAGAGGACCUGAAUACUUAUAUCGCCUAAAUUGUAAUGUUAAAAUCUUUUAGAACAAAUACA